UCAGACCUGCACUUCCCUGAUCGACACAACCUAAAGUGAGAAUACUGAGCUGCCUUCGCAUUUCUUAACUAGCACUGAAAGCAGAGACGUCCAAACCAAGUGGGCUGAAGCUGAAAAAUGGUUUCGCCAACGAAAUAUUCUAUUACCGCCAACGGGGCGUUUGAUUGCGACAGAAAACGGUCAUCGCUACUUCGCUGCACUUUUAUUUUUCUGUGUUUCGUCUUGUGGGCGUCCAGUUGUCAAGCCGAGUACUUUUCCUCCAUCGAUAAAAUUCAACUGCUAGCCAAUGCCGAGAAGGAGUUGAUGGAAUGGUUUCAACAGUUCGUUGUAAACCAGGCAAAUGACUUUGCAUUAUUUCGCAAGUUCUUGGCUAAAUUGAAGGAAGAGCAUUCAUUGGCGUCGGAGGAUCCGGAAGGGUACCUGGGCAACCCCAUGAAUGCAUUCAAACUGAUAAAAAGGAUGGCGAUCGAUUGGGCGCAACUAAGCAAAUAUGUUGAAAAACAUCCGCGAUUGGAAGCACUCAAAAGCAAUUUUACGGAGUUGGAAAUGGAUUUGGGAAUACCUGACAGCAACGAAUUGCGCGGUGCGGCCAAGGGCUUAGGGCGAUUACAGACCAUAUAUGGUUUGAGCUCGGGUGAUUUGGCAAAAGGAAUUAUCGCCGACACUUAUUAUGGUUCCGAACUCUCUGUGCGAGAAUGUUUCGAAAUUGCAGCUAAUCUUUUCGAAGCCAAGGAAUAUUCUUUAGCCAUAAGCUGGUCUAAAUUAGUAUUGAAAUUACUGAACAUGGGAACAGCCGUGCACACUACAGCAAAUGAAAUCGAAGAAGAAAGCAAUCAGAAUGAAAUUGACGACGGCUCUGAAAAGAGUGUUGGAGAUGAGGGGGAAACAGACGGGGAGCAAGCAGACGGGGAGCAAACAGACGACGAGGAAACAGACGACGAGGAAACAGACAACGAGGAAACAGACGAGGAGCAAGCAGACGAGGAUGAACAUGACUUUUGUUCAGGAAACCCGGAGGAAAUGGACGAUGACGAAUUUGCGAAAUGUUUUGAAGAACUUAACGAUUCAGAGGCAACAGAAAAGUUUGAUGAGGCGCAAGAGCUUAUAUAUGAACCACUAUAUGGGGUGUUUUCUCCCCUGGUACUAUACAAAGUAGAUGAAGUAGAUAAAACAGACAAUGAAACAAGUACAACAGAAGAUGACCCAUUGGCUCACAAAAUGCUCCUAGAAACACUCGAGUACUUAGCACUCGCUGAAUAUGAGUUGGGCCAAUUGAAAAAUGCAGUUAGGUACAUUGACAAAAUACUCAAACUGGAUCCGGCGCACGCUUUUAAAGAUCUGCCAGUUUACAUGAACACCACGAAAGUAGAAAAUCGAAUUUAUUCCGACAGUUUCAGUGAAUUGCAGCAAAACGAUUGGUAUGCAAACUAUUCACAACUGUGCCAGGGUAAGCAAGUGCCACAGAAGGAUUUCCACAGGCUCAGAUGCAAAUUGGACAAUCUCAAUCAUCCAUUAUUCAUACUGGCGCCGUUACAAAAAGAAGAAUUACAUGCAGAUCCCGAAAUCAACGUCUACUACGGACUACUCAGCGACACGCAAAUAGAAGACAUUCUUCAAAAGACCGAUGAGGAUAUGCAGCGCUCACAGGUUGGCAAUUCAAAUUCACGUGAGACACGCGAUGUGCGAGUCAGCCAACAGGCAUGGUUAGAAUAUGAAACUCCAACUACGAAGUAUAUCUACCGUAUGGUGUCGACUAUAAGUGGACUCGACUUAACCAACGCAGAAGCUAUGCAGGUGGCAAAUUACGGCGUAGGCGGACAGUAUGACCCACAUUUUGAUUAUUUUGGAAUUGAAGAACAGAAUUGCUCUAAAUGGAUAGGAGAUCGUUUGACUACUCACUUAUUUUAUAUUUCCGAUGUAGAGCACGGCGGUUACACAGUGUUUCCCGUAUUAAAUGUUUACUCACAACCCGUCAAAGGCGCAAUGGUUAUGUGGCAUAACUUGCACAAGUCUCUGGACCCCGACUCGCGAACUCUGCACGCCGGCUGCCCCGUCAUAAAGGGCACCAAGCGAAUAUCCACUGUGUGGGUGCAUUCUGGAUACCAGGAAUUCAGAAGACCUUGUGAUGUGGUGCGAGACAAAUACCAGUCGGAGCCAUAGAAAUAUGGCAGCAUUUUUUUUUUUGUUUUGUAUUUUAUUUUAUAUUAAAUAGUUCACAUCCGUUUCUUAAUAAACUAGA